ACAGAUACAACGGAUACAGUAAAAAUCUAAUCACACUGUCCAGGACGGCCUCGUAAAGACAAGACGUGACACCAGACCCACAUCAGGCGACACCACCACAAGUCCGCCAGCCAGCCAUGGGGAAACGGGGACGCGACAACUAUGCCUUCACUAUGGACGGCAAGGUGGGAGCGUCGCAAGACUGGGGGAACGAGAAGCCACGGUCACCCUGGACAUGCUGCCAGAUCACGCUGCUCGUCCUGGGGUCCCUGUCCGUGGUGGUGGGCGUGGCCAUGCUGGCGGGGGCGUAUCAGGCCAUCUUUGAUGGUAUCCUGAAGGGGGAGAUGGAGGUGGUGGAGGGGUCGAGAUGUUACGAGAUGUGGCGCCUCACACCAGUGCCUCUGUUCCUUAAGUUCUAUUUCUUCAACAUCACCAACCCUGAGGAGUUCGCGAUGGGACAAAAGGCCAUUCUGCAGGAAGUCGGUCCCUACUGCUACAGGGAGUACCACGAGAAGCAAAACAUUUCCUUCCACGCCAACAACACCGUCACCUUCCUGCAGGAGCGCUGGUGGGUGUGGGACGCGGAGGCCUCAGGGACCAGGUCCAUUGACGACCCCAUCGUCAACCUCAACACAAUUCCCAUAUCUGCGGCGUGGAGCGUGAGAGACAGCACAGUUUUGCUCAGCGGCCUCAACGCAUUCCUGAACGAGGUGAAUGAGCCGCUCAUCCUCACAGCCACGGCAGGAGAGAUCAUCUUCGAGGGAUACCAGGACCCGGUGCUAGACUGGAUGCAGAACACUAAUAUUCCUGACUUCGUUGACCUCCCUCCUGGACUCACGGAGUAUGACAAGUUCGCUUGGUUCUAUAAGCGCAACAACUCCCUCACUUAUGACGGAGAGUUCAACAUGCACACUGGCCACGACACCCUGGACAACCUCGGGAAAAUCGACUUGUGGAACAAGCGAAACACAACAGACUUCUUCGACACUCCGUGCAAUAAGGUGGGCGGGUCUGCAGGCGAACUGUGGCCUCCCAACCGCCAGAAGGACCUCAUUGACUUCUACAGCCCCGACCUGUGCAUGACCAUGUCGCUCUUCUACGACACAGAGAUAGAGGACGAGAAUGGGGUGCCGGGCUACCGCUACUCCGCCACUAACCACACCUUCGCCAACGAGACUGUCGUGCCGGGGAACGAGUGCUACUGCGUCAAGGGAACCUGCGCCCCGACAGGCCUACUUAAUGCCGAGUCCUGUCGCUUCGGAUCCCCUGCCUUCAUCUCCUUCCCUCACUUCCUCCACGCGGAUCCUUACCUUCUCGACACUGUGGUGGGUAUGGCGCCUAACAUGGAGGACCACCACUUCUACAUUGACCUCAUUCCGGAACUCGGGAUUCCCAUACAAGUGGCGGCGCGGAUGCAGAUCAACAUGCACGUGAUCCCCUAUCGCGGCACUGGUCCACUCCACGCCGGCAAAAUAGACAUCCUCAGCAAGGUGGAAGAAGUGUAUCUGCCGCUCGUCUGGUUCGAAACCCUCGCCGCGCUGCCAGAUAGCGACGCGGGGGAGCUCAAGGCGCUACUCUUCAUUAUGAACAGUUCCAUCAUCACCAUCAUCUUCUCCCUCAUGGUGGGCCUGGGACUCCUCACCAUCAUCCUCGUCCUUGUCUACCACUACCAGUGUGUGGGGCAGACCUAGUGGCCGAGUGUGCUAUUAUGAAACCAGAACUGCUACUUAUUUAUUCGUAUGUUAAGGGAAAGUCUGUGAAAGUUGAGCGUUAGAGUCGGUGGUAAUGUUAUGCUGCGGUGGUGUGAAGUGACUCGAUGGUUGGUGUAUGUGUGUGUGUGUGUGUAGUAAUAUCACUAUGAAGGUAGGUAUCGAUGUGUGUUCUUGAAAUUACAUAGAGAUGAAUAUAUUUACAUGAAGAAGAAGGAAAGCAACAAUAAAUUCUGGAUUCAAAAAUGUAAUUGUGGUCGUGCGUGCUUGUGUGUGUGUGUUCAGCAUUCUCAAGGCGAUCGUGGAGCUACAAUGCCGCUGUCCAGUCUGUAGCCAGGCUGGGCGCACUUUAAAACAGUGUGCCUCUUGCUGCAGAAUAACGCGAGGCCAAACAGAAAACGGGCCAAGUUGCAAGGUGAACUCUGCUGCUCCUCUCGACUCUCUCCAGCCAUACAUGUUAUUGCUGCUUCUCAUGAUCCCAGUAGGAACUGCAAUCAUCUUCACGUAAAAUAAAAUAUAAUAAGAAAA